ACUCUCGUUUACAUCUUCUCCCUUCUUCCUCAGCAGCUCAAUCGAAAAGUCCUUCCCACCUUGUUGACUCCGUCGAUGGCGAGGAGACCAGGAAGCUCGGCUUCUUCUUCACCCACGAUGUCUCCGUCGCAUAUGAUGAACAGCGGCGGAGGAGGAAUCUCCGGCAAAAGCACGCUCCGGAAGCAAAACGCCGCCGAGCUGCUCGCGAAAGUCAUGGAGAAGCGCGACUAUGAUUAUGAUUACGAUGAUGAAGACGGAGGCGAAGAUCUCUACCAGGUACAUCUUCCGCCUCUUACUCAGUCUCGAAGACGAGAUGAUAAGCGUAUUGGUAAGGGUUCAGUCAACGAGAAAAAAGCUCCGGCGAAGAAACCGGUUAUACUCCCGCCGCCUAAAUUUGAUGAUGAAUCCGAAGAUGAUGAAAUUAGAGCUGAUGCUCCCCGGAAUCCAGUGAUAGUUCCUAAAAAGAAUGCUAGGGAUCCCAAAAAAGAUCCGGUGACGAAACCGGUCGUACUUCCGCCGCCUAAAUUUGACGAUGAAUCCGAAGAUGAUGAAAUUAGAGCUGAUGUUCCCCGGAAUCCAGUGAUAAUUCCUAAAAAGAAUGCUAGGGAUCCCAAAAAAGCUCCGGCGACGAAACCGGUCGUACUUCCGCCGCCUAAAUUUGACGACGGUGGUGAAAUUAUAGCCGAUGUGCGCCGGAUUCCAGUGGAGACUUCUGGAAGGAAUGUUAGGGGUCGGAAAGAAGCUCCGACGGUGAGACCAGUCGUUAAUACGCCUAAAUUUGACGAUGAAUACGAGAGUGAUGAAAUUACAGCGGAUGUUUCCCGGAAUCCAGUGGAGAUUAGGGUCCCGGUCAGAGGGAAAGUAGCUCCGGCGGUGAAACCCGUCGUUCUUCCGACUAGAUUUGACGAUGAAUACGAUAGUGAUGAAAUUACAGCCGAUGCGUCCCGGAAUCCAGUGGAGAUUAGGGGUCCGGUCAGAGGGAAGUUAGCUCCGGCGGUGAAACCCGUCGUUCUUCCGAUUAAAUUUGACGAUGAAUGCGAUAGUGAUGAAAUUACAGCCAAUGUGUCCCGGAAUCCAGUGGAGAUUAGGGGUCCGGUCAGAGGGAAGUUAGCUCCGGCGGUGAAACCCGUCGUUCUUCCGAUUAAAUUUGAUGAUGAACCCGACAGUGACGAAAUUGCAGCGGAUGUGCCCCGGAAGCAAGUGGAGAUUCCUCAAAAGAAUGGAAAGGGUGCACUCAGGGUUAGAGUUCCGGCAUAUUCACGCCGGAAUCCGUUGGAGGAAUUUGAGCAGAACGGAGAAGAAAAGCAAAAUGUUCAGUUUGAUGUGCCUGCAAAACAAUCGGAAGCUCAAUUAAAGUAUAAGAAAAGUUUCAGGUUUCAUACUGCAGAUAUUUUAGCACCUAAUAACUCUAACCAGCAGGAAGAUGAUCGAGAAGCUUCAGCCCUGCGUGAUGAAUUAGAUAUGCUUCAAGAAGAAAACGAUAAUAUAAUGGAUAAACUUCAGCGCGCUGAAGAAAGACGAGAAGCUGCAGAAGCAAGGGCUAAAGAGCUCGAGAAACAGAUUGCUUCUCUAGGUGAAGGAGCAAAUUUUGAUGUCAAGCUCUUGAAGAGGAAAGAAGCAGCACUGCGUCAAAGAGAGGCAGCAUUAAGGGCUGCUGAACAGAAAAAAGAUGGGAUAAAUAGGGAAACUAAUGCCCUUAGUUCAGAAUUUCAGAGUUUGAAAGAUGAAGCAGAGAAAGCCAUGGAACAGCUCCAGGAGGUUGAAGCUGAAACAAAGUCUCUUCGGACAAUGAUACAUAGAACGAUUUUGACUCAAGAAGAAAUGGAGGAAGUUGUUCUAAAGAGAUGCUGGCUUGCUCGCUACUGGGAACUAGCUGUUCAACAUGGAAUAUGUGAAGAUAUAGCCACAUCAAGAUAUGAACAUUGGUCAGCUUUAGCUCCUCUUCCCUCUGAAGUUGUCCUUUCCGCUGCUCAAAAGUCUGAAGACUCCUGGCAGACAGGUGGUAGUGAUCGCACUUGGAGCAAAGUCGUCAGUAAUUUCAGUGAUGUGAAUGGAGAAGGAAACAUUGAGAGUAUGCUUGCUGUUGAAACGGGAUUACGAGAGAUAGCAUCCUUGAAGGUAGAGGAUGCUGUAAUGCUUGCACUUGCCCGGUAUAGACAAACAAAUGUGGCCCGACUCACUGAUCCGAGGGUGCAAGUGGAACCUAAGUUCGCCGAAACAUUUGAGUUGAGUCAUGAUGAGCAACAAGAUAUUCUCUUUAAAGAGGCAUGGCUGCUGUAUUUCUGGAAAAGAGCUAAAAUUCAUGGCGUGGAAAGUGAUAUAGCGGAAGAGCGUCUUCAGUUCUGGAUCAACCGACUCGGGCAACAUUCAUCUUCACAUGAUGCAGUUGAUGUGGAAAGAGGAAUGAGGGAGCUAAAGAAGCUUGGAAUAGAACAACAAUUGUGGGAAACAUCUCGUAAAGAACUCAUCGACUCCUCUUUUCUUCCUUCUUAUUCCGUUUCUGACUACAAUGACGAGUUCAAUGUAACUCCCCGGAGCAGAGCCGCCACCGUCGUCGCGGCAUCCGUCACCGAAUUAGCCGGCGUUGACAGCACAACAAUCGCCGUACUCGGUGGCGGAUCCGUUGCAGCACUCGCGGCGAUGGUUUCCUUGACGGAUCCGGAGAGGAGGCGGAAAUUGCAGGCGGAGGAAGUUGGAGGAGGCGACAAGGAGGUGGUGAGAGAGUAUUUCAACAGUACCGGUUUCGAGAGGUGGAGGAAGAUCUACGGCGAUACUGAUGAAGUGAAUCGUGUACAGAAGGAUAUUCGUCUUGGUCAUGCUAAGACGGUGGAGAACACGAUGCUUAUGCUAACGGAAGAUAGAUCUUUGGCCGGCGUCACGGUUUGCGACGCCGGUUGUGGAACCGGUUUGCUCUCGAUUCCACUUGCUAAGGAAGGAGCAAUCGUCUCUGCUUCCGAUAUCUCUGCUGCUAUGGUUGCCGAAGCUGAGAUGAAGGCAAAGGCACAACUGCCACCAGAGAAUUUACCAAAAUUUGAGGUGAAUGAUUUAGAGAGCCUAAGUGGGAAAUACGACACAGUGGUAUGCCUCGACGUGCUGAUACAUUACCCGCAGAACAAAGCAGAUGGGAUGAUCGCACAUCUUGCGUCUUUAGCAGAGAAGAGAGUGAUUCUGAGUUUUGCUCCAAAGACUUUUUACUAUGAUAUCUUAAAGAGAAUUGGAGAGCUUUUCCCAGGGCCAUCAAAGGCUACACGGGCUUAUCUACACUCGGAGGCAGAUGUGGAAAGAGCGUUGCGUAAGGUCGGCUGGAAAAUCAGCAAGAGAGGACUCACUACCACACAGUUUUACUUCUCUAGGCUCAUUGAAGCUGUUCCAAUGUAGACCCAUUUUAAUACUAGAAUUCCAAUAUGAUAAUACAUGUGAGGAUGGUUA